UGUGGCUGUCGGUGGUAUCAGAGGUACUAUACAUCAUGCUGUUGGUGGUUGGGUUCAGUCUCAUGUGUCUGGAGCUGUUUCAUUCCAGCAACGUCAUCGACGGACUUAAACUCAACGCCUUCGCUGCUGUUUUCACCGUGCUCUCAGGUCUGCUAGGCAUGGUGGCCCAUAUGAUGUACACCCAGGUUUUCCAGAUCACAGUUAGUCUGGGUCCUGAAGACUGGAGACCCCACUCCUGGGACUAUGGAUGGUCCUUCUGCCUGGCAUGGGGCUCCUUCACCUGCUGCAUGGCAGCUUCAGUCACCACCCUCAACUCCUACACCAAGACGGUCAUCGAGUUCCGGCACAAGCGCAAAUUGUUCGAGCAGGGUCUCAGGGAGGAGCAGAACUACCUCGACCAGGAGGCCUUCCAUUACUUCAGGGACCGCUCCCUGCAGUCCAUAUCCAGCUCCAUGGAGGUCUACCCUGGGCACGGGGGAGGAAGGCUGCCUGGGGGGCCUGGAGGCCUGGCGGGGUCCGGGCUGGUUGGAGUACCAGGGAGAGGGAAGAUGAGGGGGUCCUCAGGUUCCAUCGACCUGGGAGAGAACUCUGAGUCCCUGGGGGAGGAACAGUGCUGA